AUGGUAUUUUUAUUAGUUUGCAACUUUCUGUUUAAGAUAAAGCAGUGUGAUCCUGGUUAACAUGGUGAAACCCCGUCUCUACUACUACUACUAAUAAAAAAAAUUAGCCGGGCGUGGUGGCAGGCGCCUGUAGUCCCAGCUACUCGGGAGGCUGAGGCAGGAGAAUGGAGUGAACCCGGGAGGCGGAGCUUGCAGUGAGCCGAGAUGGUGCCACUGCACUCCAGCCUGGGUGACAGUGUGAGACUCCGUCUCAAAAAAAAAAAAAAAAGAUACAGCAGAGUGUUGGACAUGCAAAGCCACUCCAAGGAAGCCUCUUAAACGCCCACCUUGUUGCAGGUGGGACGCUUAUGCCCAGCUGCUCCAGCUGGAAAAGACAGGACUGCAAGUGGGUUCAGGAGCUCAGGCCUCUGAAAAGAUGAGCAAAGGCGAGGCUAGUGGGUGAGGGGUGAUUCAGCUGCAAUUGCAGUUGACUUGGGAAGAGAAUUUGUUAGGAGAGACAAUGGACAUUAAUUAGGGUGGACUCUUCUUAGGAAAAGGCAGCCAGAUAUGGCAUCGUUCUACAGCGGGGAAUGGACCCUGAGCAAUGAUUUGGGGCUCAACAAUGAAGGACAGGUCACAGCUUCAGAAGACAGGAUUAGCAGGACUCACAUGAGGCCUGAGUCCAGAGCCUCAGAUCUUACACUGGCAGCACACAGGGACACAGCAACUAGACUGGGAGCAGCAGGGAUUGCAGCAACUGGACUGGCAGCAGGAUGACCCACAACCUGAGGAGGAGCAGCAGGGCUUACAGCAGCUGGACUGGCAGCAGCAGGGCUUGCAGCAGCUGGACUGGCAGCAGCAGGGCUUGCAGCAGCUGGACUGGCAGCAGCAGGGCUUGCAGCAGCUGGACUGGCAGCAGCAGGGCUUGCAGCAGCUGGACUGGCAGCAGGAUGACCCACAGCCUGAAGAGCAGCAGCAGCGCUUAUAGCAGCUGCCCUGGUAGCAGCCACAAGAGCCACAGCCUCCUUUGGAGACCCCACAGGAGCCACAGCCCCCCUUGGAACCCCCACAAGAGCCACAGCCCCCCUUGGAGCUCCCACAGGAGCCACAGCUGGUGCAGGAACAGGCAGGCACACAGCAGCACAUGGGUUUGCAGCAGCAGACGGGCACACAGCAGCUGGAGCCACAGCCCCCACAGCCGGAGCCGCAGCCCCCACAGCCGGAGCCACAGCCCCCACAGCCAGAGCGGCAGCCCCCACAGCCGGAGCCACAGCCUCCAGAGCAGCCACAGCAGCCCAUGGUUCUGGUGGAUUGAGGGUGGAGCAGGUAGAGGAGCGGAUGAGAUGGAGGUGCAGGUGUGGAGCCCCCUGAGCCUGGACCCCCUUAUAUCCCUGGCCACUUCCUCCUUGGAACUGGACCUUGUACUGAACUGA